UCUCCCCUCGUAUGCCCGCGGACGGCGUCUCACUCUUCUCCACCACUCCAUCCAGUGGUUGCUCCCCGCCAAAUGUGUUGUUUUGUACAGAUUUGUAUUCCCAGCAUACAAAAAAGAAACAGAGGCCGGAUACUGUAUUUACAAAAAGAUUCGAGUGAACCCCUCAGCUAGACCCAUCAGCUGCCUGCCGUACCAUCGUGUUCCCUCAUUCGGGCGUGAACUGCAUGGGUUGGGCAGAAGAAAGAAUGAAGAUCAACGUCGUGCGUGAACAGACCCGACCCCCUUCCGUUGUACCGCGUACCUUCCGGUUAACAGCAUACAGCUUCAGAUUCUUGUCCGGCGACACGUUCAGCCACGGGUACGGGUUCUCCUUCUUGCGCGCGACCAUGACCGUCGGGUCGUUUUUCAAGAUAUGCUGUUAAAAAAAGGGGGGUUCGUAUAAUCGCAAGCUGGUGAGUACGGCCGAAAGGAUAGAUAUGGGAGCAAUGGGAGGCGUUACCGAAGCGAUGAACAGGCCGCCGCCGAGGCCGAAGCUGACGGCGGCGGCGAGGAGGACGAGCGGGGGGUUCAUGCGGAGGUGUUGGCCGAUUCUCAUCUUUGCUGUCGCUCUGCUUUUUGUUUGCUUAUGUGUGAUGCGGCGGCGUGUGGUUCUGGGUGGAAGAAGGGCUUUCGUUCGUCUUUCUUAUGCAGUUCGAUACGCGUGCAGGCGUGCCCGUUGCUUUUAUAUGGCCCGCACACGGGGGAUCUCCACACGCCAAGUGGUCGUCCUGCGUACUGUAUGGAAGGAAGGGUGGAGUGGGUGGGGGGGCGUGGGUCACAUGCAGGCAUAUUGCAAAGCCAAGAACCGUUCCCCCAAGCCCCUCCCUCCUCUAGAAUCCCCCCCAUUGACGGCUGGGUGGCAUUUGUGCAACUGGUGUGGAAAUAUUAUCGACCACCAGGAAUCAUCAUUUGCAUAUCCGAGAUCGGCGGGAUAGCCCUGGAAUGGAACGGCUGGGGGGGGGGGGGGG